GCGUUGACCAUGCAGAAGGAGGAGAUGAAAAUCAACCACACAAUUCGGCUCACAACUCAGCCUCUACUGCCAACCAAGACAUAGUUGCAGCCCAGAUCACUGCCAUGCAACAACAGUUUGGUGUCUUUCAACUAGUGCUAGCUCAGCUGUUAGCUCGGAACAAUCCUGGUGAUCCACUCAUCAACCUACUCAAUCCUACUCCACAACCCCAAGCCCCACAACAAAAUCCUGAACCAGUUCAGCAUGCUCCUGCUAUUAGCGAAUCCCAGGGCCAAUCUCACAUCGCACCAGUUCAGCAACCUCUUCAUGAUGAUGUUCCUCGACGUCUAGAGAGCUUGGAAAAGCUAGUGGCUGAACAGCGAGGUGCCCCACCUCCACAUCAUGCUGUUGACUCCAUACCCCACCCUCUGAACACCAACAUCACAUUAGAACCCUACCCUGCUGGUUUCAGAAUACCUCAACUUGAGACUUAUAAUGGGACAAAAGACCUCGAUGAUCAUCUCCACGCUUUCUACUCUUGCAUGCAAGCCCAAAACGCCUCUGAUGCGUUGAUGUGUAAGAUCUUUCCCUUUACCCUCCGAGGUAAUGCCCGAACCUGGUAUUACAGUCUACCUCCGAGGUCAAUCAGCUCUUAUACAGAACUGGCAUCUGCUUUUGCCAUAAAGUUUUCCAGCAGAAGGUUGAUCAGGAAAACUAUUUCUGAGUUGAUGGGAGUUAGGCAGAGGGACGGCGAGUCUUUGAAGAAUUUUAUGAGCAAAUUCAAUGAUGCAGUACUGGAGGUUAACUCCUUCGACCAGGUUGUGGGUAUUACGGCUGUGAUCUCAGGUCUUAGCCAUGAGCGAUUCAGAGAUAGUCUGCUUAAACAUCCUGCCACCACCUUCAGCGAGAUUAAGAAUAAGAUGGACUUAAGGCGUCCGGGUCCCAUGCGAACUGCCGCUGCUACCAGAGAUCAUAUUAGGUAUUGUGAUUUUCAUCAAGAUCACGGUCAUACAACAGAGCAAUGCAACAAUCUGAGGUCCGAGUUGGAAAGUCUGGCUCAGAAAGGAAUGUUGAAUGAGUACAUCCAGAAAGUUGAACAGCCAAGGUUUAUCAGAGAACAGGGGCUGCAGCAUCAAGGAGUUCGCAAUCCCCCGAACAAGCAAGGUGUGGGAUAUCAGCAAGCACCACCCCCGCUCCCAUCACCAGCUAGAAUCAUACACAUGAUUACGGGAGGCCUAGAAGCUGGUGGACUGAGCUCUAAGCAGCGAAAGUUGUAUGUCAGAGAACGUGUCCUUGUUGACACAGGGAGUGCACCAGACAUCAUGUACUUCCAUUGUUUUGAGAGUCUUAGUUUGGAUCUAGCUUUGUUGCAGCGGUAUGAUGGUCCCAUCUACGGAUUCAACAAUCAACCAGUCCCAGUUGAAAGAGUCCUCACCAUGAAUGUUGCCUUUGGAAGUGGCCGAAGUUAUGUGACCCCUUCAGUUCGCUGUGGUUUCCCAAUCUCACCUAUGCAUGAAAUUCCCAACUCCUACGGGAAUAGCAAUGCUGCGAGGCAACCAGGAGAUAACCGACCAAAAGAUGAAACCAGAGCUGCUCUAGUCGAAGAUGUGGAAGAGGUACAGAUUGAUGACACAGAUCCAAGCCGAACAACGCAAAUUGGAACUAAAUUGCACCCGGAGGAAAGAGCAGAGCUAAUAGCUUUUCUUCGGGCCAACAAAGAUGUUUUUGCAUGGACUUCAGCCGAUAUGCCGGGAAUUCCCACUUCGGUUUCUCAACAUAAACUCAGCACCAGUCCACUCAAGAAACCAGUAGCCCAAAAGCGACGCCUCUUUGGGGGGGAGAGGUUAAGCGUUAUUAAAGAAGAAGUCGAGAAACUCCUACAAGCUGGCUUUAUCAGAAGAGUCGAUUACUGUGAGUGGGUCGCUAAUCCCGUGCUGGUGAAAAAAGCAAACGGUAAGUGGCGGAUGUGCAUCGAUUACACUAUCCUCAACGACGCAUGUCCAAAAGACUGUUACCCAAUGCCAAACAUUGAUAAUCUGGUUGAGGCAGCUUCGGAAAAUGAGAGAUUAAGUCUCCUUGAUGCAUAUUCUGGGUAUCACCAGGUGCUGAUGGCCCCAGAAGAUGAAGAGAAAACCUCGUUCUAUGCCGACGAUGAAAUCUAUUGCUAUGUGAUGAUGCCCUUCGGUUUAAAGAACGCAGGUGCCACUUACCAGAAGAUGGUUACCAUCGUAUUCCGAGCUCAAAUAGGCAGGAAUCUAGAAGUUUACGUUGAUGACAUAGUGGUAAAGAGUUUGAAAGUUGAAAAUCACUUGACAGACCUCGAGGAGACAUUCAACAACCUCAGGAAGAACAAGAUGAGAUUAAAUCCAGCAAAGUGCAUCUUCGGUGUGGAGUCCGAAAAGUUCCUAGGCUUCAUGGUGUCCAGAAGGGGGAUUGAGGUUAACCCCAAGAAGACCAAAGCAGUAGCCGAGAUGGAACCACCAAAGUCAGUAAAAGAUGUGCAGAGGUUGAUGGGGAGAGUAGCAGCCCUUCAUAGAUUCAUUUCGAAAUCAGCAGAUAAAUGCCUGCCGUUCUUCAAGAUCAUCUCACCACCUUUGCUGACAAAGGCUGAUGAUGGAGAAAUCCUUUAUUUGUACCUCGGCAUAUCAGAUGAGGCCAUCAGUUCUGUGUUAGUAAGGGAAGAGGGAAAGCAACAGAAACCAAUUUACUACAUCAGUAGCAUGUUACAUGGAGCUGAAGUCAGAUAUUCCAUUGCUGAGAAAGCACCCUUAACAGUUGUCACUUCGGCCAGGAAACUGAGACUAUUGAUCAAAUGGGCAGUUGAACUAGGAGAAUUCGAGAUCACAUUUCAGCAGAGGUCAGCCAUCCGAGCUCAGGCUCUUAUCGAUUUUAUAGUAGAAUGCACCUCGGCUCGCUCUGAUUCCCAGUCCGAGGUAGACAGUUGGAUUCUGUAUGUUGAUGGCGCAUCAAGUAACAAAGGUUCUGGUGCUGGUGCAAUCCUACUUGGCCCAGACGGAUACCGAAGCGAACACGCUCUAAAAUUUAAUUUUGAUGCCACCAACAAUAUGGCUGAGUACGAAGCCUUGCUACUUGGCUUACAACUGGCGACAGAACUGAAGGUUGAAGCGAUACAAAUAUACAGUGAUUCACAGCUAGUAGUCAAUCAGGUCAACUCAGUCUGUGAAGUGGUUGAUCCUGUUAUGAUGAAAUCGGUCUUUGUAGAAAUUCUGGACGAGCCUAGCUUCUUGAAACCACGAAUGAUGGAGGUCAGCACAGAUCCUAGUACACCGAGCUGGACAGAUCCAAUUAUCUCGUUUCUACGAGAUGGCACAGUGCCUGCAGAUAAACAGGAGGAGAUGAGGUUGAGAAAGAAGGCAUCUCGGUACACCCUUCUUAAUGAUGUCCUCUACAAAAGAUCUUUCUCACUCCCUCUGCUCCGCUGCCUAACCCCUUACGAGGCUGAAUACGCACUUCGGGAGGUGCAUGAAGGUGUCUGCGGAAGUCACGUAGGUGCUCGAACUCUGGCCCAUAAAGUCCUUCGACAAGGUUAUUAUUGGCCCAACAUGUAUAAGGAUGCCAUCCAGUUUGUACAGAGGUGUCAGAAAUGUCAGUUCUUCGCACAUCUAAUCCACCAACCUGUAGAAGAGCUUACUACUCUAGUAGCACCUUGGCCAUUUGCUCAGUGGGGUCUCGACCUUUUAGGUCCAUUUAUGAAGGGGGUAGGAGGUGUAACCCAUCUCAUUGUUGGUGUGGAUUAUUUCACAAAAUGGGUUGAAGCUCGGGCACUAUCCAGUCUUACCUCCAAGAAGGUAGAAGACUUUGUUUUCAGCUCAAUUAUUUGCAGAUAUGGGAUCCCGAGUCAGAUUGUAGCUGAUAACGAAACUCAAUUCAAUUGCACCUCAUUCCGGGAUUUCUGUUCCAGCUAUGAGAUCAAACUACAGUUCACCUCGGUUUAUCAUCCAGAGUCCAACGGCAUGGUGGAAUCUGUUAACAAAUGCAUCUUAGAAGGUAUAAAGCCGAGAUUGGAACAGCAUAAGGCCAAAUGGGCAGACGAGCUCAACAACGUCCUCUGGGCAUACAGAACCACGAGCCGAACUACCACAGAGAACCUUGAUCUGCUUGAUGAAGUCAGAGAAGAAGCACGACUUCGAACUCUAGUCUACAAGCAGAAAAUAGCAAACUUCUAUAACAAACGAGUUCGACCCCGCACAUUCAAAGUGGGAGACCUUGUUCUCAGGAAAGCUGGUCUAACGGGGUUCGAAACUCGAUUUGGAAAGUUAGCACCAAACUGGGAAGGCCCUUACACUAUAGCUGAAGUCCCACACUCAGGUGCUUAUAUCCUACGGGAUACUGAAGGCAAACGGGUUCCUAGGGUCUGGAACGUCAAUAACUUGAAGAAGUUUUACCCUUAAGUGUACUUCAUUUAAGUAAAUUUUGUCUUAAUCGUUAUUACUUUCACUCCUUCCGUUCAACUUAAUAUGUAUUCGAACUCAAUUCAUUUAUCUCGUUAAUAAGUUUCACUUCACAUU